UUUGAGCGAGUCUUGACAUGCUGGGUACGUUUAAAUUCCAAUUGACUGCGAUAUAAUGGAGCUUAAAACCGUUAAGUUUUGUUUUCGACUAUUGAUUUUUUCGUAGAAUAUCAAGGUGAAUAUCGUCUGAAACAUUAACUUUCAUAUUGAAUCUUUAUUUAUAAACAAAUUUUGGUUCCUGGAAAGAAAAUGUAUCCGCAAGAAUUCGUUCUUAAGCUGUCCCUAUUGUUGGUGGAUAUACUAAAUCGGGUCGGUGUUUCUCCUUUCGUUCGAAGGCUUCGGAGAUAUUAUUGCAACCAGGAAGAAUGGCUAAAUCGUAUGAUUUACCGAGAUCAGCCGGUAAAAUUGUUUGUGUUCGGUAGUCGAACGAAGGUACAACAACUGAGGGAAUGGAAUCAGACCGCGAUGUACUAGAGUGUUAUACGGAUAUAGAAUUAAUACAAUCACUUGCUGAUGCAACGGGAGAAGUUUUUACAUUUUAUGGGUAUACAUUCAACGAUGACAAAACGCAUCCUGGCUACGUAAAGUUACAAUUUUGCGCACACGAUAUUCCACUGGGUGCCGACCAUAUAGAAACUUUCAGAUCUAACGUAUCCUUUUAUAAGUAUCUCAUUUUGGAGAAUGAUCAAUUACUUUUGAAAAACGGAUAUGGAAAAAUGAAAUUAACAUGUGAUGAACUUAAUGGACCAGCAAGGACUGACAUAAUAUCGACAUCAAAAUACAAAACAACUCUUGAUCGAAUUUUUGCCCUGAAAUGCUCAACAUGGCCUCAACAAGCAAGUGGUUGGUUUAAGAAGGAGGCGCGAAAGUUUUGGCCACACAAAAUAGUUCAAGAUCUUCUACGUACUUUUGGUUGUUUUAUUACCCCAGUAGGCCAUACAGAAAGCGAAAUCCGAGCUGUCGAAUGGCGAUUAUCACUCUCCGAAGCAGAACGUAUACUCAGCUGGACUUUGAAUGAAACGCAGUUUAAAUGCAUUGUGUUGAUGAAGCUUCUUACAAAACAAUUUAUCAAAGCAAAAUUUCCGGACAGUAUCACAUCGUAUCAUUGCAAAAAUGUUGUCUUUUCAGUUAUUGAAACAACGGAGGAAAACAUGUGGCAGCCAGGGAAAAUCGUUAUGUGCGUUCACACGUGCUUGGUGAGAUUGCUUCAUUUCGUUGCACGUGGAAACAUUCCUCGAUAUUUUAUUCCGGAAAACAAUCUCCUCAGACACAAACUCAACGAAAGAAACCGUUUGCAAGUUGAAGAAAUAUUACGACGGAUGGUUGAAAACUGUGAUUAUAAAUUUUUUUCUGUGUUUAGAAAUCGACAGUAUAGGCGACAUGAUGUAUUUUCGUCUAUCCAAAAUCGGCUACAACAACGGAAGUGAAUGGAAAAAGAUUAGAAACAUGCUCUGCUCGUUAGCAUUGCAACUUAUUGGACAGUUCGUCCAGUGGAGAUUAAAAAUGCUUAUUGAAAAGCUUGCUGAGCUCGACAGAACAAACCUAACUGAGACACUGGGCUUGGUAAUUAAAAAUCAUUUCAAGCUUAUGUCCCAGCUACAAAAAUCUGUAAUCGAAUUUAGGAAUAUACGAUCUUUUAACGCAGCUUCAUUGAUGGAUAUAAUGACGUCACAUGUAUCCUCAAGUUUAGGACAUCACAUUUUGUCAUAUGCCGUUCAAGCAAAUAAUAUCAAUGAAGAUCAGAGCAAAAUGCUAUUCCGUAUGGGAUUUCAAUAUAUUUGAGAAGGUUUUCAUGAUGAUAGAAUGGCAAACGGUUUGAAAUGCACAAAUGUUCUGUAUAAAUGUGGAUUUUUCGUAGAAGCUUUAUCUAAACUGCAAUUAAUCGAAGAAAAUUGGUAAAUCCUGACAAAAGGGAAACGAUACCAGUAUGCAAGUGUCACGAUACAACGCAAGAAAUAUAUCAUAAAGACAUCAAGAUUUUAUCAACACAUUCCCUCGACGCUCUUAUAGGGAAUUUUACAGCACACUGCGAAUUUUACUUGCGAACUGAACAUCCGAUGGCACCAAAAGCUCUUGUUUAUGAAAUGUUUCGUUCCAUCGGAAAUGAAAGUGAGCUUGAAAGUAGUAGAACCACCUGGAUGCGACAUGCUGCUGUUGAUCCAGUAAUUAUGUUGUUCUACCUCCAGUUUCUAUGUUAUCGGCAGAUAGGAGACGUGUGUAACCAAGAGAGGGCUCUUUUGAAAAUACUCAACGAAACCCUUCGUAACCAAAAUCUUGGACACAUGGAGACGGCGCUAAACAUUCAAGGUCAUUGUUUUUUUGAACAAGGGUUUUAUGAAGCCGCACUGAUGUGUUUAACAGGUCACUUAACUACAACUUGAGCGACAACCCUGACAGAUUCCCAGCCAGUGAAGCGCGACAUUACGUGAAAAGGCCCCGGAAUCACAAUGCUGCCAAGUUGCAUAUAUGUGUGUGUUUGUUACAUUUGCUUCGACGUAUGUACCCACGUACGUUUAAAUAAAGUGGAUGAGCAUGUCCAUGGUGGAUAUUCUGAAAUUCGGUAUAAUUUAUACGUUCUGUGCAGCGACUCAGCAUUGAUGCCUUCGUUAAACCCAUUUAUCUUGCUGGGAAAAUUGACUCGGUAGCCAAUCUCAACGCAGAAAACAUUCAGAACUUUGUUGACAAACAUUGAGCAAUUUAUUAUUUUAAAACUAUGUAAUAUGAUGUCAUGUUUAAAGUAGAAUAUUCCAUUUCUAACUUUACGAUGUAUAUAUUUUAAAGUCUAUCAUAGACUUCGAGAUGGGUAAAACUCAUUGUAGCCUGUCAGUAAUUGGUUGGUUAGCACAUUCAGGAAUAUUAUGACGGUUGAAUAACAGGUCAUUAUUCAAAAGAGCAAAGAACAAAACACUGAACAGUUUCAUAGCAUUGCACAUUUUACUAAAUGCGUUCGUUAUUUUGUGUGUGAAGAAAAAAAACUUCUUGUUAAAACUUGAUUCGUGAUAAAAUUGUCUAUAUUUAGGUUUCCUCAACAGCCAUCAACUGUACUUGUUAUCAUUAAAUUUAGAGAAUACCGAUGUCUACUGUGUAA